GCACUUGUUGCCACUUGGAUCCUGUGCUGCGAAAAUGCCCCAGUAAGUAACAAUGUGGCAAAGUGCUAGUGAAAUCUUUCUAGAGAAGUAACAAACGGGUGAAAGAGGCAGAAUAACAAUGAACCUCAGCUGAGAGGCUCAUUGGGGUGCCGCUGGGAAGGGGCUGCAAGCGGUUGGCGAGAAAGGAGUAGACGUAGCGGUUUGCUUUUGCCGCAAGCGUUGAUAAUAAAUCAAUAAGAACCUGGAUGAGUCAAUGGACCGGCGGAGGCGAUUAGGUAGCAUAGAAUUUCAUCAUGGCGGAAUGCUGGAGAGAGAGAGAGAGAGAGAGAACGAUAUGACACUGGCCUGUAACCAGUUGAAGGCAAACAUUUUUGGCGGGCUGUUCGACAUUAACAGCAGCCGUGUUGAGUUCAUCUUCACAUGCCAGCCGCUAGGGGAAAGGGGGGGGGGGUGUCAGUCAUCGCAGUUCCCUAUCAGGUCGAGUCAUUCUGUAUAUGAAGGGGGACGAGAGCGCGAGCCUGCAUCUUUCAAAGAAAUCUUUGCGAGUAGAAGAAUCAUGUCUGGAAGAGGCAAGGGCGGAAAGGGUCUGGGCAAAGGAGGCGCUAAGCGCCACAGGAAGGUGCUGCGGGAUAACAUCCAGGGCAUCACCAAGCCCGCCAUCCGCCGCCUGGCACGCAGAGGGGGAGUCAAGCGCAUCUCCGGCCUCAUCUACGAGGAGACUCGCGGGGUGCUGAAAGUGUUCCUGGAGAACGUUAUCCGGGACGCGGUCACCUACACCGAGCACGCCAAGAGGAAGACCGUCACCGCUAUGGAUGUGGUGUAUGCUCUGAAGCGCCAGGGACGCACUCUGUACGGAUUCGGAGGUUGGAAUGGGGAGAGAGAGAGAGAUUACUUGGCGCUGGUGUACUUGGUGACGGCCUUGGUGCCCUCGGACACGGCGUGCUUGGCCAGCUCCCCAGGCAGCAACAGGCGGACUGCGGUCUGGAUCUCCCGGGAGGUGAUGGUGGAGCGCUUGUUGUACCAAUCAACGAAGACACGUACGGUCCCGGCUGCCUAUAAGAAGCAAAGUGCGCGCUCCAAAGGAUCAUCGUUGAGUCAUUUUGCGUCGAACGACAGGCUUGCAAUUAUGUCAGGAAGAGGCAAACAAGGCGGCAAGACCCGGGCUAAGGCCAAGACUCGCUCAUCUCGGGCCGGCCUUCAGUUCCCAGUCGGCCGUGUUCACCGGCUGCUCAGGAAAGGCAAUUAUGCCGAGCGGGUGGGAGCCGGAGCACCGGUCUACCUUGCAGCAGUGCUCGAGUAUCUGACCGCCGAGAUCCUCGAGUUGGCCGGCAACGCUGCCCGGGAUAACAAGAAGACUCGGAUCAUCCCCAGGCACCUGCAGCUCGCCGUGCGCAACGACGAGGAGCUCAACAAACUGCUCGGAGGGGUCACCAUCGCCCAGGGCGGUGUCCUGCCCAACAUCCAGUCUGUGCUGCUCCCCAAGAAAACCGAGAGCGCCAAAUCUGCCAAGAGCAAAGCCAUGACGGCUGAGCUCUGGAAGCGGAGAUCGGUCUUGAAGUCCUGGGCGAUCUCCCGGACCAGCCGCUGGAAAGGCAGUUUGCGGAUGAGCAGCUCGGUGGAUUUCUGCUUUGCAGCGUCUCCCCUUUCCCAUGAGGGAGUAACUGCAGCGGAAUGUAAUCCCGUCCAAAGCUGCAGAGUUAAAGCAAUCUUUGAGCGUAGAAUCAUGUCUGGAAGAGGCAAGGGCGGAAAGGGUCUGGGCAAAGGAGGCGCCAAGCGCCACAGGAAGGUGCUGCGGGAUAACAUCCAGGGCAUCACCAAGCCCGCCAUCCGCCGCCUGGCACGCAGAGGGGGAGUCAAGCGCAUCUCCGGCCUCAUCUACGAGGAGACUCGCGGGGUCUUGAAAGUGUUCCUGGAGAACGUUAUCCGGGACGCCGUCACCUACACCGAGCACGCCAAGAGGAAGACCGUCACCGCUAUGGAUGUGGUGUAUGCUCUGAAGCGCCAGGGACGCACUCUGUACGGAUUCGGGGGUUAAAGCCUCGCUUCUGUCUCUUUAUCAAAACGGCCCUUUUAAGGGCCACC